CGAGAAUGUACUUCAAAAUAUGCAUUUAUUCUUGAAUGGAAGAUGGAUUAGGUGGUGUUCCCUAGAAAUGACCCCAAACAAUGAAAACCAAAACUAAUGGUGUGCUCAGUGUUAUGCUAGCUACUUCCAAAUAAAUAUUGCUCACCCUCACAGAUUUCUGUAAAGUAUUCCUAUUCGGAAGGUAUAGCCACAGCAUAGCUAUAUGACAUAAAAUUUUAAAAUGCUGAAAUACUUAUGUAGGGGGUGAGGUUAAAAUGUUGGGGUUUGUUUAUUUGUUUUUAGUAUUGAGUCGUUUUAAAGGGCCUCACAAAUAAAAUAGAUUGAGUGCCUUUUUAAAGAUGUAUUUUAUUUUUAAUUAUGUGUUUGUGGGCACAUCUGUGGGGCUAUGUGUAUGUAAGCACAAUGCCCACAGAGACCGGAAGAGGAUGUUGGAUGCCCUGGAGCUGGUGUUACAGGAGGUAUGGACUGCCUGGUGUGGGUGCUGGGAGCUGAAUUCAGUUCCACUAAAAGAGGAGCAGUAACUGCUUGGAACCCCCCCCGGCCAUCUUUCCAGCCUUCCAUGUCUGUUACACAGAUGUAAACACAAAGGGAUUAGAUCUUCAGUUUUCAUCAAAGUAUUCUUCACAAUUUAUUUUGGGGAAAUUUUCCUAGGUCACCCACUUUCACUUUCCAUGACAAAAACUCAUCCGAUAUGAUAACCCUCAAUAUCAGAUCUAGCGCCAUCUUGAUUCUCUCUGAUGCGGGAGUAAAGUUAGGGCGUGAUGUACAGAUCAUGUCGGUGCUGUGCUGCAUGCAAGCUUCGCUUUCCCAAGCAGAACAGACCUUGCACUUUGUUCACUUCUCUGCAUGAACUUGCCAGUUGACUUCUACUUUAAUGGAGACUCAGGACCUCUGGGCCCAGGAAUAUAGACUUAAUUUACUUAAAUAAAUGCACACACGUUAAGAGCCCCCCCUCCCCAGUCUGAAAACCCAGAAUCUGAAAUGCUAUGAAUCUGGAAGGUUUGGGAACGCCAGUGUGCUAGCACAGAUGAAAACUUCCCAUGUGAAAAACACUGGGGAAGCUGCUUGCUUCCAGAUCUGCAUGUGUCUGUAAGACACAAGUGAGUUUUGGGCUUGGCCUUGGAUCUCAACGCCAGGGUAACUCGCUUGUCAUAUUUAUUUAAAAUAUUACAAAGUAUAAACAAAUUAAUACCUGAAAACUUCUGAUUUCGGUAAUUUCGGAUUCUGGCUGAUACUCUUGCACCACCAGUGAACAGUUCAGAAUCAUCACCCAGGGCUGCAUUCCUUCACGCGUGGGUUGUGACCCUAGACAGUCCGCAUAUCAUAUAUUUACAUCAUGACUCAUAGCACUAGCAAAAUCCCAGUUAUAAAGUAACAACAAAAAUCAUUUUAUGGUUGGGGGCCACCAUAACACGAGGAACUAUCUUAAAAAGUCACAACAUUAGGAUAUCAACAUGUGGACACACAAGGGGUUGUGUGUCCUAGCCAGCCUGCUUAUCAGAUACUUACAUUACGACUCAUAAUAGUCACAAAAUCACAGUUAUGAAGUAGCUACAAAAAUAAUUUUAUGGCUGGGGGGUCAGCACAACAUGUGGAACUAUGUUUAAACGUCACAACAUUAGGAAGGUUGAGAACCACUGGCAUAGAGGCUACCACACAAUUGAUGCUUAGUGAAUGGGUCAGUGAACAGCAAGAGUGUAGAGCUGUAAAGCCCAUCCCACACAGCGACUAAUGCACUUAAGGCCUCAAAUUGAUAGUCACAGAUCUUAAUAAACGUAAAUGUCCAUCAUGAGUCUGUCACCUUAGCAUUUUAUUGUAAUGGCUGUGUUUCUUUCUUCUGGGCUGCUUUCAAACACCAGAUAGGCUGUGCAUUUAAGUUCAGAAGUACAGGAAUUAUCUUGGGCACCGCCCCUACGACUGGAGUUUUCUUGCAUUUGCUCAGAAAUUGUAAAUAUGCCCCAUGCUUCACAGACUCAGGAGUAAUGAUACUUUUCACAGUAUUCCCAUGAAUGGCACUCAUACACUAUGCCGUUGUGCCAGGCAGGGAACCUAUGAAUGAAGUUCAACAACAACAACAACAACAACAACAACAAUAUAACACCCCCUCUAGAAAAAAAAUGUCUUGCAAAGAAAGGAAGCACAAUCAAAUAACUGAAUAUUUCCUUUACUCAUUCCUCUCAUCGUUUGAUACACUAGUAAAAUUUCAGACCAAACGCUUCCCUCCUUGUAGCUGAGAACCCUGGCAUUGGCUGACUCUGUCUAGCCCCAGCCGUGAGCCAGGGAACAGGUCACGUGACUUUGUGACGCAGAGACCUUGUGCGUCCGUCCGCGUGUUGAUAUCUGCUCUGGCUUUCCUGCCUGUGAUUGCUCUGCAGAAGCACUGCCGACGUCUGUGGUGCACGAGUGCAGAAGGCGUCCACAAGGGCUGUCGCACACAGCACAUGCCGCUGGCAGAUGGGACGAGCUGUGGUCCCGGGAUGCACUGCCACCGUGGGCUGUGUGUGACCAGGGACAUGGAGACCCGUCCUGUGGAUGGCGAGUGGGGACCAUGGGGACCCUACAGCUCGUGUUCAAGGACAUGCGGAGGUGGAAUCAAGAGCACAGCCCGGCUCUGUGACCGGCCCGAGCAAGCGAGACUUCCGAGAAAAGCAAUGCUCCGACUUCGACGGUAAACAUUUCGACAUCAACGGCCUCCCCCCCAAUGUGAGGUGGCUUCCGAAGUACAGCGGGAUUGCCGUAAAAGAUCGCUGUAAACUCUAUUGCCGGGUCGCUGGGACUACCAGCUUCUACCAGCUGAAGGACAGAGUUGCUGAUGGGACACCCUGUGGGACGGAAACUAACGACAUCUGUGUCCAGGGCCUCUGUCGGCAAGCUGGCUGUGAUCACGUGUUAAACUCCAAGGCCAAGAGAGACAAGUGUGGAGUGUGUGGUGGUGACAACUCUUCGUGCCAGACCCUGGCAGGUGUCUUCAACAGUGCCCAUUACGGUUACAAUGUGGUUGUAAAGAUCCCUGCGGGGGCUACAAACAUUGAAAUCCUUCAGCACAGCUAUUCUGGAAGACCAGAAGAUGACAACUAUCUCGCAUUAUCUGACACUCAAGGGAACUUUCUCCUGAAUGGAAACUUUGUUGUAAGUAUGGCGAAGAAAGAGAUCAACAUCCAGGGUGCUGUUUUCGAAUACAGCGGGUCAAACAACUCGAUUGAAAGAAUUAACAGCACGGACCGGCUGGAGGCGGAGCUCGUUCUGCAGGUGUUGUGUGUGGGUAAUUUAUACAACCCUGACGUGCGCUAUUCCUUCAACAUCCCCAUUGAGGAGAGGAGCAAUCUGUUCUCCUGGGAUCCAUACGGGCCGUGGCAAGACUGUACCAAAAUGUGCCAAGGUCUUCAUAGAAGAAAAAUUGCCUGCGUCCGUAAGAGCGACCAUGCAGUUGUAUCUGACCACAAUUGUGGCCACUUACCGAUGCCACUGUUUGUGACUGAAAAGUGCAAUAUGGACUGUGAACUCAGGUGGCACAUCAUUGGGAAAAGCGACUGCUCAUCCCAGUGUGGCCAAGGAUACAGAACCCUAGACGUUCACUGCAUGAAGUACUCGGUUCAUAAAGGACAGGCUGUCCCAGUAGGAGAUCAGUACUGUGGUGACCAGCUCAAGCCUCCCAGCCGAGAGCCAUGCCAUGGCAGCUGUGUUUUGACAAGGUGGCAUUAUUCAGAGUGGUCCCAGUGUUCUAGGAGUUGUGGCGGCGGUGACAAGACUCGGGAAUCCUACUGCGUAAAUGGCUUUGGCCACCGCCUUGCUGAAAGCGAGUGUCGGGAGCUUCCGCGGGUGGUGCUGGAGAACUGCAAUGAAUUUCCGUGUCCCAGCUGGGCAACGAGUGAGUGGAGUGAGUGUCCUGUCACAUGUGGAAAAGGAAUGAAGCAGCGACAGGUUUGGUGUCAGCUGAGUGAAGACCCCAUGAGGGAUGGUUUCUGUAAUGCCAGUACCAAGCCCGAGUCGCUGAGACCCUGUGAGCUCCGUGCGUGCGCUUCUUGGCAUGUAGGACCGUGGGGGUCUUGCACGGCCACCUGUGGACAUGGAUAUCAGAUGCGUGCUGUUAAGUGUAUCAGUGAGAUAUUUGGCACCAUGCUAGAUGACAGAGAGUGCCCGCAAGCCAGCCGGCCAAGUGACAGACAGGACUGUAUAUUGGCACCUUGCCUGGCUAUUCCAGAAGUGGGGGCCACCUCCUUACCAGCCAUUCCCCUGGGAAGGGCAGCACAGUGGCGCCAUGGAUCGUGGACCCCAUGCUCUGUGUCCUGUGGAAGAGGCAGUCAGGCCCGUUAUGUGAGCUGCCGGGAUGCUCAUGAUGAAGUGGCAGAUGAGUCGAAUUGUGCCCACUUGCCUCGACCUGCUGCGGUGUCUCUCUGCUUCAGCCCUUGUGGAGAGUGGCAAGCAGGGGACUGGUCACCAUGUUCAGCCUCCUGUGGACAUGGGAAAACCACCCGACGUGUUUUAUGCGUGAACUACCACCAACUGGUCGAUGAGAGUUACUGUGACCCGGAAGGCCGUCCUGUGACUGAACAAGAAUGUAGCCUGGCAGCCUGCCCACCCUUAUACAGCCGAGCUCCCAGCUCCUCUGAGCAGCCAAGCCACGUUCCCAGCAGAAAUGUUCCAUUAACUCACAAACCAGGAGAGAAUCAAGAUCAGGGGGCCCAGCUGUCAAUCAGAGGAAACCAGUGGAGAACAGGCCCUUGGGGAGCAUGCUCCAGAAGCUGCGCCGGUGGUCUUCAGCACAGGGCUGUGGUCUGCCAGGAUGAAGACGGGCGAAGCGCUACUUCCUGUGAUGGGUCCUCCAAGCCCCCAGAGUCAAGGCACUGUGGCUCCGGACCUUGUCCGCACUGGAAUUAUGGGGACUGGGGAGAAUGCACACAAACCUGUGGUGGAGGGGUAAAAUCAAGAUUUGUGAUCUGUCAGUUUCCCAAUGGCCAAAUGACACAGGAACACAGCUGUGAACUGCCCAAGCCACCUAGCAUGAUGCAGUGUCACCUGCACGCCUGCCCUGAAGAUGUGUCCUGGUAUCGGGGACCAUGGAAGUCGUGCUCAGCUUCCUGUGGUAAAGGUGUAAAGUACCGGGAGGUUCUUUGUAUUGAUCAAUUCCAAAGGAAAUUAGAAGAAAAAUAUUGCAGUCAUUUGCAUAAACCUCGAACUCACAAAGCUUGCAGAUCGGGACGAUGCCCUUCAUGGAAGGCCAAUAAAUGGAAGGAGUGCUCUGUGACCUGUGGGUCAGGGGUGCAGCAGAGGGAGGUGUACUGCAGGCUGAGAGGCACUGGUCGAGUGUCUGAAGACAUGUGUGAUCCAUCCACCCGGCCUCAGGGGCAGCGGCAGUGCUGGCGUCAGGACUGCAUGAGGUACCAGUGGACGACAGGAGACUGGCUAGAUUGUUCAACAUCGUGUAAGAAAAAAGAGACCUAUCGGCUGGUGAAAUGUGUGAAUGAGCAAAACGUACAAGCCAAUGAAAGUCUCUGUGACCCUUUAACGAAGCCGCUUUCAAUCAAAAAAUGCAGGAACCCUCACUGCAAGUACUCGGUGGUUACAGGAGACUCGUCGCAGUGUGCAGGUAACUGUGGGUUCACUUCCCCACAGAAGAUUACAUACUGCACUAAGAUCCAGUCCUCUAAGAAGCAUACGUUCCAUCAGCUUCGGCCUGUCGUCUAUGGGGAAUGUCCGGUGAUACCGUCUCCUCAGGCGUACAAAUGCGACCUUAGAAGCUGUCUGCAUGUAGCCACUUGGAAAGUGGGAAAAUGGAGCAAGUGCUCAGUAACUUGUGGAAUUGGGAUAAUGGAGAGAAGAGUAGCAUGCAGGACUGAGAACGGUUGGCCCAGUGACUUAUGUUUAAAGCGUUUAAAGCCAGAUGCCCAAAAGAAAUGUUAUGCCAAUGACUGUAAAUUACUAACCACCUGCAAGGAACUCCAAGUUACAAACAAUGUUACCAAGGAUGGUGACUAUGACCUUAACGUCAGGGGAAGAAUAUUGAAGAUCCAUUGCUCAGGCAUGCAGCUGGAGAACCCUAGAGAAUAUUUACCACUGGUCAAAAGUGAAGACAACUUUUCAGAAAUAUACGGCCUUAGACUUCAAAAUCCCUAUGAAUGCCCCUUCAACGGAAGCAGGAGGCCAGACUGUGCGUGUGAAAACGACUACCUACCUGCCGGGUACACUGUUUUUAGCAAAGUGAGAGUGGAUCUCGAAUCCAUGCAAAUCAAAAACACUAUCUGGAAAGGCAGUUCCAUUUGCUACAGCUGGGGACUGCUACAGCGCUGCCAGAUGCCCACAGGGGCAGUUCAGCAUCAACUUAGCAGGAACUGGGAUGAAGAUAUCCAACACAGCAAAGUGGCUCGCUCAGGGGAGGUAUGCCUCUGUCAUCAUCCACAGGUCCCAAGACGGAACCAAAGUCUACGGCAGAUGCGGAGGGUUCUGUGGAAAGUGCAUUCCUCACAUGGCUACGGGGCUCUCAAUUCAAGUACUGUGAACGUCCAAGGCUUGGAAGGACCGUGAAGGGGGAUUGCUCUGUGAAAACACAGGCGUCGGUGCUCCUCUCUCACCCCUGGCUUCCCGAGACUUCCAUAUUCAAACCUUUCUUUGGGUGCUCAUUGGGGUUUCAGACCACUUCAUGUUUAUAGGUUUUAAAGAGGAACUUAACGGACAUCCCACUCCAAUCAGGCUCACUCUUAAACAUCAUAAUUUAUUAUAGGGAAUACAAGCAAAACGUUUGAAUGGAUUAUACCAAGAAAAUAUUGCUGGUCAAAGCUUGGACUGUUAAACAGACAUACAAAAUACAUCUCCAAUCAGCUUCCUACGUUACAGCGAAGUGUUAUUGUGAUUGUUAAAAUGGAGAAAAUAAGAAUCAGUGAAUAUGAAAUUAAUAAUUAUAUCAAAUAAGCAUAUUCUUUUUUCUGAUAUGAUUUUGAUUCAUUGUCUUAUUCUUUUUUCUUUAAUUUUAUCUAUGGAUUUUGGUGCUUCAAUAAAAAUGGUUCUAAAAUAUAAUACGUUUUUCCUUAAAAAGUUGUGCUUAUGUUAAGUAUUAAAUAGAAAACUUUGUGGCAAACAGAGAAGACAGAUGUUGGGAUUUGAGUUUUAAGGCCUACCUCUAUUUACGUAUGAGCAGUAUAUUGUUUUUAUAAUGUUUGUGUGCCAUUAUGCCUUUAUAACUCAUAUAUGUAACUACCCUUAAAACCUAUUUUCUUAACGUGAAAUACCUUUUUUGCUAGCCAGAUAGAAAGACGGAGGUUCUUAAAAUUCUGAUGAUCCAAAGUUUUGAUUCUGUUUUCCUGACCCCUCCCCUACUUCAAAAUAAUUCACUAGAGAUUAUGUGGUGGGGGUGGGGUUCUCUAGAACAAAAGUUCUCAACCUGUGAGUCUCAACCCCUUGGGGAUCUAAUGACCCUUCCACAGGAGUCACCUAUGACCAUUGGAAAGCACGGGUAUUUACAUUACUAUUCAUAACAGUAGCAAAAUUAAAGUUAUGGAUUAGCAACAAAAUAAUUUUAUAGUUGGGGGUCAAUACAGCAUAAGUGGCUGUUUUUAAAGAGUCACAGUAUUAGGAAGGUUGAGAGCCAUUGUUCUAAAGGAACAGGGUAGAUAACACUAUUAAAGGGGUUUAUUGGAUUGGAUUAUACAGUCUAAAUUCUCCAAUAAUAAUUGUCUUUACACUGGAGAGCUGGAUGCCAUAGCUGUCUCAAUCGGGUACUAAACAGCCUUAGCUUGCCAGAGCGGAGCGAUGCCAGAGCGGUGAUGGCAGAGCCAUGAUGCUGGUCUUCAGUCCAUGUGGGAAAGCUGAAAAGCUGAAGUCAGAGGGAAAUGACGACGGUCUAGUCAGCGUGCGCACCCACAAGACAGUAAAAGAAGCAGGAAAAGAGCAAAGGCUUGCUCUCCCACAGUUAGGGCGCGUCUUCUUCACAGUGGACCUAACGGGACAGUCCUGCACAGGUGCCCAGACGGCCUGCUUAGUGGACACGUUCAGAUCCUGCUGCGCUGAAGAUCAGUGGUAACCAUCACGGAGAAGCUCAGCUCCUGUCUACUGGGGCGUUCUCAAACAUGAGUGAAUUUAAAAAUUUGCCACUAUAGACAGAUUCUCAGGAAUUAAGGGAUUAUUUUUCAUGUGCGUAACUUAAUUGUGUGUUAUACGCUGAUAGGAUUUUAAAAAGCAAAAUAAUAAAUAUUUUCCCAUGCCGGCCUGCCCUAUAAACAAAAACAUGGGAUUUGCUAAUUCAUUUCAACAGUAAAUAUCAGUGUACUAGUUUUACCUUCAAGGUGUUUUUCUCCCAAAUAUUUGCUAGAGAUGUAAAAGGCGCCAGAGGAAGUCGGUGCGCAUGCGGUCAAACACUUGCAGAACUCUGAAUCAGAGGGGAGAUUAUGCAAAUCGGUCAGGCAUUAAGUCAGAAUGUCUAAUGUUUCCCAUUAAAUGUUUCAUCUGUUAUUAAAGCCGUGUAAUUUAUAAACAUCUAAAUAAAAACGUAUUUGUGUGUCGCUGGUAA